AUGCACCCAAAUCUCUUGUUUGUUUUCUUGCUCUGUGCCGCUGCCACUCGUGCCCAGGCGGAACUAUCCGGACUACUGAGUGCCCUCCACUAUUUCGGGCUCUACUCGAAUGGAACAUCGGACUCCCUGGGCAUUUCACGGGGGCAGUGCCACUACAGCUUCGAGACCUUCGCCCUGCUGGAGGAGCGUCGCACCUGCGCCCCGGAUGACGAGCACAUCCUGCACCUGACCCAGCUGGCUCCGCCGGUGCGAAAGCCACCCAUGAUGAUCAAGUGCCUGCAGCAGGAGCCUCCUCCGGAGAACGAAACUUCCCCGGAACCGGGACUGCUGAUCAUGCACAGUGCCAAGGAGAUUGUGAGUCUGCUGAAGCCCGUGGGGAACGCCACCAAGCGCCACGAACCGGGCAGCUGUGUGGUGGUCCACUUCUGCACUGCCUCCAGCUUGGAAUGCGCCCGAGUGGCUCCCAUGAUGAACCUGCUGCCCCAUUUCUUCCCCACCCUGCCCAUCGCCUAUGUGGAUGCCUACGAGUUCGGGCGCUUCAACGCCGAGUUCGGCAUCGUUUCGCUGCCCACGCUGAUGAUAUUCCACCAGGGCAGGCCGCUCAUCAAGUACGAUCCCUCGUGGUCGGACUCGGAGAAGCGCAGCUUCGCCCGCUUCAUCAUGCGGCACACGAAUGUGAAGACCGUGGAUCCGCAGGCCAUUCAUCCGGACGUGUUUAAUCGCACGCGGAGAGAACCCCUGUCCAAUGUACCCAUCGUGCAGACGGACUACUACCUGGUCUUGGCCUGGGCCUUCAUCCUCGCCUGCCUGGCCAACUAUCUGCGGCAGACGGUCUUCUGGAAGCAGCUGGUGGAGAUGGUGCAGCGCAACUGGCGGGAAUCGGAGGAGACGCAGAUGGAGAUGGUGGACUAGUUUAGUUUAGUUAGAAGACGCUUUAGAGGAUUCACUAAUAUAAUGUAAUUACCGUUUAAUUAAAUUCACAUCAACAUUUACUUAAGCCUUA